AUGGCUACUUCUCAGGUAGUGGCCGAAGAGGAGCAUUCUUCUGGGCGGGAGUAUUCAAAAGGGAAGGAGUUCGCUUUGGGAACUUCGAAGGUCUCCUUCCGGCCCCAGAGUGUGAAGCCUCUGGAUUCCAUCCUGGCGGCUGUUGAUGCCGACGUUUCCAAGCGGACCAGGGUGGCGCAGGCGAUAGCGACCUCUAUCAUUAAAAGGAGGAGAUAUCGCCAACAAUGCUACAUCCGGGUAUGUACUGCUAGCGGCAAAGUCGGCUCCUGA